AAUUAAAAAUCAUCUCCUGGUGUUGUCUUGUUCCAUUAUUCUCAUAUGACUCAUGCAUCAGAAAGUUGAAAAUCUGGCAAAUGGCCAACGUCUCAAAUACCGAGUGAAGCACAUUCCCACGACUCAAAUGUGAAUUGUUCCUGGGCAUGAGCUCCUACCAAUCCUAAGAAAAUGGGACGGAAAGUCGUCACUCUCCAAGCUCUUAGUUCCAAAUCUGUGGAAAGAGUGAUUCGCAAUGCUUGCGAUCGGAAUUGGGACCCUAUGUGCCAUGAAUUGGAAGCUUUAAGUCAGGAGCAGAAGAAAAGAGGGUUGGCAAUACGGGAAUAUGUGGCAGAUAUCCCUGUUGCGGAAAUUGACGAGAUCUUUCGCCGGGUUAUGACCUACAAUGGGGAAUCCGAGGCCAAGGUUUCUCCGAUGGAUAUAUGGGUAUUGAUUCAUCCCCUCACAAAGUCAAUCGUAUUCCAAUCAUCAAGCAAAGAGCCAAUCCGAGGUACGCAAAAGGCCUUGUUAGAAUCUCUUCAUCGAUGCAAAUACCUGGAAGUCUUGGACAUCAAUUCUAUGACCGUUUAAACGGACUUUCGCUCAAAGUUAGUCGAUAAAGAGAGUUGGGCUGUGAAUCCGAAUAACAAAGCAUUAUUUUAGUGAUUGUUGGGAGUUCUACUUAUCAGUCUUAGAAGAUGCUCUAAAAGAGUUCUACAAUCUCAGCUUCUUGAACGUGGGGAAUUUGAUCAACAAUUCCAUCUGCAAAAUCUUGUCAGAACAUUGCCCAAACCUAAGGCAACUUCACGCUUCCGGCCCUAACGGCAUCACCGAUCUUGGCCUAAGAUACAUUAUUGGUCAGAUUCCAUCCACUCGAGAUGACUCAGGUAAACUCCUUUGAGACCCUCUGCUUUUAAAAGAACUAAAUAUAACGGUUUUUUUUCUUCAGACAGCCUUGGUCCAAGUAAGAAGAACCCAA